AUGGAUGCAAACUCGGUGCGCGCGUUGAUUGGUGACGACUGCUAUGACGAGAAUCUUGACGGAGUAGCGAUGCUUGGAGCGUCGAACAAGCGGUCUGGCCCAACGAUACGCGAGUUCCAGUCACUCGUGGGCAGCUUGCUAUGGGUUGCGCGCUGCAAAAAGCCCGACAUCGCCUUUGCGGGCACAGUGAGCUUGAAGGUCACGAUGGCGCCGGCGCAAAACCGUGACCAAAAAGUGUCUCGACGGGGAGCGUUUAGCGACGCUGAUUCUGCGGUCGAUAAGGCCGGACAGGAAGUCGAUGACCGGCAGCGUACUGCGCCUUCACGGCAUGGCAGUGAGUUGAGGCGCGCAUAA